GAUACGAAGUGGGUGACGUCUGAGUUGGCGUGGACGGCUCAUCCAGAGACCGGGUGGGAGGAAGUAAGUGGUUAUGAUGAGGCCAUGAACCCCAUCCGAACGUACCAGGUGUGCAAUGUGCGGGAGGCCAAUCAGAACAACUGGCUUCGUACUCAGUUCAUCCAGCGCCAGGACGUCCAGCGAGUCUACGUGGAGCUGAAAUUCACUGUACGGGACUGUAACAGCAUCCCCAACAUCCCAGGCUCCUGCAAAGAGACCUUCAAUCUCUUCUAUUACGAGUCGGAUACAGAUUCUGCCUCUGCCUCAAGCCCCUUCUGGAUGGAAAACCCCUACAUCAAAGUGGAUACAAUUGCCCCCGAUGAGAGUUUCUCCAAGCUGGAGUCUGGUCGCGUGAACACCAAGGUGCGCAGCUUUGGGCCCCUCUCCAAGAAUGGUUUUUACCUGGCCUUCCAGGAUCUAGGCGCCUGCAUGUCCCUCAUCUCUGUCCGUGCUUUCUAUAAGAAAUGCUCCAACACCAUUGCUGGCUUUGCUGUUUUUCCGGAGACCUUGACUGGGGCUGAGCCCACUUCUCUGGUCAUUGCCCCAGGGACCUGCAUCCCCAAUGCAGUGGAAGUGUCUGUGCCCCUGAAACUGUACUGUAAUGGAGAUGGAGAGUGGAUGGUACCAGUUGGAGCCUGUACAUGCGCUGCUGGAUAUGAGCCUGCUAUGAAAGAUACCCAGUGCCAAGCCUGUGGUCCCGGGACCUUUAAAUCGAAGCAAGGGGAAGGUCUCUGCUCACCCUGCCCCCCCAACAGCCGGACGAGCUCUGGGGCAGCGACGCUCUGCACCUGUCGGACCAGCUACUUCCGGGCAGACGCAGACUCUGCAGACAGUGCUUGCACCAGCAUCCCAUCCUCUCCUCUCAACGUCAUCUCCAACGUGAACGAGACGUCACUGGCGCUAGAGUGGAGCGAGCCCCGGGACUCGGGGGGCCGGGACGACCUGCUGUACAACGUCAUCUGCAAGAAGUGCACCGUGGAGCGCCGGGUCUGCACACGCUGCGAUGACAACGUGGAGUUCGUGCCUCGCCAGCUUGGCCUGACAGAACGCCACAUCUACAUCAGCAACCUGAUGGCGCACACCCAGUACACCUUCGAGAUCCAGGCUGUGAACGGCGUGUCCAGCAAGAGUCCCCACUCCCCCCAGUUCGCCUCUGUCAACAUCACCACCAACCAGGCAGCCCCCUCAGCCGUUCCCAGAAUUCAGCUGCAUGGCAGUACUGGCAGCAGCAUGAUGCUGUCGUGGACGCCCCCGGAAAGACCCAAUGGGAUCAUCCUGGACUAUGAAAUCAAGUACUUUGAGAAGCAGGGCCAGAGUGACGGCAUCGCGAACACCAUCACCAGCCAGCAGAACACGGUGCGGCUGGAUGGGCUGACGGCCAACUCCCUGUAUGUAGUGCAGGUUCGGGCCCGCACUGUGGCUGGCUAUGGCCAGUACAGCCUCCCUGUGGAGUUCCAGACACCUGCAGAAGACGGCUCCAGCGGGAAGAGCUUCCAGGAGUUGCCCCUGAUCGUGGGUUCGGCCACCGCAGGCCUGGUCUUUAUCAUCGCUGUGGUGGUGAUUGCUAUUGUCUGCUUCAGGAAGCAGCGGAGCAGUACGGACUCGGAGUACACGGAGAAGCUGCAGCAAUACAUCACUCCUGGAAUGAAGGUUUACAUCGACCCCUUCACCUACGAGGACCCCAACGAGGCCGUCCGGGAGUUUGCCAAAGAGAUCGACAUCUCCUGUGUCAAGAUCGAGGAGGUGAUUGGAGCAGGGGAGUUUGGGGAGGUUUGCCGGGGCCGCCUGAAGCUGCCAGGCCGGCGGGAGAUCUUUGUGGCCAUCAAGACCCUGAAAGUGGGUUACACGGAGCGGCAGCGGCGGGACUUCCUGAGCGAGGCCAGCAUCAUGGGGCAAUUUGACCAUCCCAACAUCAUCCACCUGGAGGGCGUGGUGACCAAGAGCCGGCCUGUCAUGAUCGUCACGGAGUUCAUGGAGAACUGCGCCCUGGACUCCUUCCUCCGGCUGAAUGAUGGGCAGUUCACGGUGAUCCAGCUGGUGGGGAUGCUGCGUGGCAUCGCGGCUGGCAUGAAGUACCUGGCAGAGAUGAACUACGUGCACCGGGACCUGGCCGCCCGCAACAUCCUCGUCAACAGCAACCUGGUGUGCAAGGUGUCAGACUUCGGGCUCUCGCGCUUCUUGGAGGACGACCCCGUGGACCCCACCUACACCAGCUCGCUGGGUGGUAAGAUCCCGAUCCGGUGGACGGCUCCGGAAGCCAUCGCCUACCGCAAGUUCACCUCGGCCAGCGACGUGUGGAGUUACGGGAUAGUCAUGUGGGAGGUGAUGUCCUACGGGGAGCGGCCCUACUGGGACAUGUCCAACCAGGAUGUGAUUAACGCUGUGGAGCAGGAUUACCGCCUGCCGCCGCCCAUGGACUGCCCCACGGCGCUGCACCAGCUCAUGCUGGACUGCUGGGUGCGUGAUCGCAACCUACGGCCCAAAUUUGCACAGAUAGUGAAUACGCUGGACAAGCUCAUCCGGAACGCUGCCAGCCUGAAGGUCAUCGCCAGCGUCCAGUCAGGCGUGUCUCAGCCACUCCUGGACCGCACUGUCCCGGAUUACACCACCUUCACUACCGUGGGCGACUGGCUUGACGCCAUCAAAAUGGGACGGUACAAGGAGAGCUUUGUCAACGCUGGAUUUGCAUCCUUCGACCUGGUGGCGCAGAUGACAGCAGAGUGA